GAGACCCCCCCCCUCAUCCCACACCCAGCUAAACAGAGACAUUAGUGUAGCCGAGAGAGAAGAAUCAGUGGAGAGAGACCCACAGCGACUGGCCUGCGACUCUGGGACCUUUCUGUUUAUACAGAGAUUCUAGCUCUCUUCAGUGGUGCCUAACUCUCCCCACGCUACACUGCCUAGGAGGGGGGAAGCGGGGGGACUCUGGCUUUUGCACCAUUGAGAUCUGUGCCUUUUUAUUCCUGCUAGGCAGUUUGCAGCUCAGCCUGUUUUUUUAUCGCAUUCCCCUCCCCACUCCAUCCCCUCCAACCAAACCAAAUCAUACCAGCAUUAAAAACCCAACCAGCCCACGCAAGGACAGAUAGCAGAGUUUUGCAAAGUUCUGCUUGAUGAAAGCCAAAAAAAAAAAAGACCCCGGUGUAACUCUGAGUUGAACUAAGCGACAGCCGGUGUGUUGUGGAGAUGCGGGGCCUGGCUGGAUGGAUGGUGAUCCUAGCCCUGGGGAAAUGGGUUUGGGUCGAGGGUGUUGUGCCUCUGGCUGACUUUUACCCCUUUGGCUUGGAGCAGGGGGACGCUGUCACUUUGAAACAGGAUGAUGGAGGCUCUGGGCUUCAGCCGAUCUCAGUGAAAUUCCCUUUCUUUGGAGUGGGACACACAGGACUGUAUGUAAACAACAAUGGAAUCAUCUCUUUCUUGAAGGAGGUUUCCCAGUUUACACCGGUCGCUUUCCCAAUCUCCAAAGACCGGCGUGUGGUAGCAGCUUUCUGGGCUGAUGUGGAUAACCGACGGGCAGGUGAAGUGUAUUACCGGGAAAGUAAGGACCAGACCAUCUUGGAGAGAGCCACCAAAGACAUCGGACAGUAUUUCCCUGAAUUCCUGGAGUUCUCUGCCGUAUGGGUUUUUGUGGCCACCUGGCACCGGGUGACCUUCUUUGGAGGAAGUUCCUUUUCUCCAGUAAACACCUUCCAGAUUGUCCUCAUCACUGACAGUAAACUCUCCUUUACCAUCUUCAACUAUGAGUCUAUCACUUGGACCACAGGCAUGCAUGCCAGUAGCGGGGGAGAUUUUGCUGGCCUGGGAGGCAUCGCAGCACAGGCAGGUUUCAAUGCUGGUGAUGGAAAGCGCUACUUCAACAUCCCCGGAUCCCGCACCGAUGACAUUGUCGACGUGGAGAUGACUACAAAUGUGGGUAUCCCCGGGCGCUGGGUGUUCAGAAUCGAUGAUGCCCAGGUGCAAGUGGGGGGCUGCAACAACACAACCUCCGUGUGUUUUACAUUACGCCCCUGUUUGAAUGGGGGGAAGUGUAUUGAGGACUGCAUCACGGGAAAUCCCUCCUACUCCUGCUCCUGCCUUGCAGGCUUCACGGGCAAGAGAUGUCAUCUUGAUGUGGAUGAGUGUCUUUCCCACCCAUGUCAGAACAGUGCCACCUGCAUCAACGGCAUCAACAGCUUCAGCUGUCAGUGCCCACCAGGGUUCAAAGGAGCCAUGUGUGAGACAGUGGAGUCGCCCUGUGAAAUGAAGGAGUGCCAGAACGGCGGGCAGUGCCAAGUGGCAAACAAGACAGCGGUGUGUGUGUGUCAGGCAGGAUAUACAGGAGACUCCUGUGAGAUAGAAAUAAAUGAGUGUGAAUCCAGCCCCUGCUUGCAUGGGGGGCGCUGCAUCGACCUGGUGGAUAACUACACAUGUGUGUGUGUGGAGCCCUUCGUGGGACAGCGCUGUGAGACAGACCCCUUGCCGUGUGAGGAUAGGAGCUGCAGGAACCGGCAGACCUGUAACUACAUCCGCCCAGGACGCUACAUCUGCACGUGUUCGCCGGGUUACUACGGCAACAACUGCCAGUACGGUGGGCCCAGAAUGCCAAGUGCUUGUCUCUCUAGUCCAUGCCAGCAUGGUGGGAACUGUCUGGAAACCGAACAAGGCUAUGUCUGUGAAUGCCCAGAGGGCUAUAUGGGCACUGACUGCAGAGACAAGCUCUCUGAGGACUGCGAGUGUCGGAACGGGGGGAAGUGUCUGGAUGGAAACUUCACCAUUUGCCAGUGUCCGCCUGGAUAUUUUGGACUCCUCUGUGAAUUUGAAGUGACUACUACACCUUGCAAUAUGAACACACAAUGUCCGGACGGGGGCUACUGCAUGGAGUAUGGUGGAAGCUACCUGUGCGUGUGUCAUACGGACUAUGGCACCAACCACUCUGUGCCAUCUCCCUGCGACUCAGAGCCCUGCCUGAACGGGGGGUCCUGCGAAGCCCAUGAUGACUCAUACACCUGCGAAUGUCCCCGGGGCUUCAACGGCAGGCACUGUGAGAAAGUCAGGCCAAGGCUCUGCAGCUCCGCGCCAUGUCGGAACGGGGGGACAUGUAAGGAGGCAGACGGAGAAUACCACUGUGCCUGCCCCUACCGAUUCACCGGGAAGCACUGCGAGAUAGGUAAACCAGACUCCUGUGCCUCUGGGCCAUGUCAGAACGGGGGCACAUGUUUCCACUACAUCGGCAAGUACAAGUGUGACUGUUCCCCAGGCUACACGGGCCGGCACUGUGAGAUAGCCCCUUCUCCUUGCUUCCUGAGUCCGUGUGAAAACGGAGCCACCUGCGAGGACCAUGGCAGCAACUACACCUGUACAUGCCCUGCGGGAUACGUGGGAAAGCUCUGCCAGUCAGAGGUGGACUGCGGCAUUCCCAACGAGGUGAAGCAUGCCCGCGUGCUGUUUAACUCCACCCGCAUGGGCUCUCUGGCUGAAUACCUGUGUGAGCGAGGCUACAUCUUGCGCCCUCAGAACAACCCCCGCAUCUGUAGAGCACAGGGCGUCUGGAGCGACCCCCCGGAGUGUGAUGAAAUUAACGAGUGCAUUUCUCAGCCCUGUUUCAACAGGGGUUUGUGCAAGGAUCGUAUUGCUGAGUUCCUGUGCCUGUGUGAAGCAGGAUACACAGGCCCCCACUGUGAGUUGGAGAUUGAUGAAUGUCAGUCCGACCCCUGUAAGAAUGGAGGAACUUGCAAGGAUCUCCCAGGAUCCUUUGCUUGUCAUUGUCCUGAUGGCUUCGUGGGAAUCCAGUGUGAAACAGAAGUGGAUGCCUGCGAAUCAGCUCCCUGCCGUAAUGGAGGGGUCUGUGAAAACUAUGGUGGCUCCUACCUGUGUGUCUGCCCAGAGGGUUUCUUCGGCUACCACUGCGAGACGGCCAGCGAUCCUUGUUUCUACAGCCCGUGUGGGAGCCGAGGCUACUGCCUGCCUAGCAAUGGAUCCCACAGCUGCACCUGCAAGGUGGGCUACACAGGCAAGAGCUGCGAAAAAGAACUGCUGCCACCAACAUCAUUAAAGGUGGUCAGGGUGGAGGACACAGGGGUGUCGAUUUCUUGGUACCCCCCCGAAGACCCAGUUGCCAGGCAGAUGAUUGACGGCUACGCCGUGACGUACGUAUCCUUCGACGGCUCUUACCGCAGGACAGAUUUUGUGGACCGAAGUCAUUCUGCCCACCAAUUGCGGGCACUAGCCUCUGGCAGAGCCUACAAUAUUUCUGUCUUUUCAGUCAAACGCAACGUGAACAACAAGAACGACAUCAGCAGGCCUGUCAUGCUCAUCACACGCACUAAACCUCGCCCAGUGGAGGGAUUUGAUAUCGCCAACGUGACGGCCAGCACCAUCACGGUGCAGUGGGCUCUCCACAGGCUCCAACACUCCUCCAUCAGCAAGGUGCGCAUCUCCAUCCGCCAGCCCGGGGACCUGGAGGACCGCACCGUGGAGCUGAACAGCAGUGUGACCAAGUACACGUUCAGGGACCUCCGGCCAGGGGAGAGGUAUCUCAUCCACGUGUCAACCCUGAGCGGGCUGGAGACGGAAGAUCCUCCCUCAGAGAGCCAGGCCAUGGCACCCUUCCACGUGUGGACUCGGCCUCUUCCUCCCCAGAACCUGACUGCCUCCAGAGUCAGCGCCACCUCUGUCUACAUGACCUGGGACCAGCCACUGGCAGGGUCCGUGGAGGGUUAUAUCAUCAACGUCACCACUAACCAGAGCAUCAAGAGCCGCUACGUGCCCAACGGGAAGCUGUCGUCCUACACGGUGCGUGACCUGCUUCCCGGUCAGAGGUAUCGCUUGUCCAUGAUGGCCAUCCAGAACACCGAGCAAGGCCAAGGGCACAGCGAGCCGGCCCAUGUCUACAUCUUGACCUUGCAGAGGAAUGGAACCCCGGAGAGGCGAUGGGGCCAAGCAGGACACCCACGGGUGCUCAGGAACAGGCUCCCCCCAGCAUUGCUGCCAGAACUGCGCCUGCUUGCUGAUCACAAUAUCCCGGAGGAACCCUCGCAGGCUCCCAGGUUUACUGAGCUGGUGGACGGCAGACGGAGGAUCAGUGCCAAGUUCAGCAGCUUGCCGAGCAAAUCCGUCACCAUGAGAACACAACCUGAGGCGCCAGUGAAGCUGGAAAACAUGGAGGAAUCGACCAAUCGGGUCGGCCUGGCACUGCAGCUGCCGGAGUCUGAGAACCAGAAGAGAGAGCGUAAGUCUGAUGAUAGCCAGAACUGCUCUACAAACCCCUGCAAAAAUGGGGGGACCUGCGUCCCAGGUGUCAAGGUCUACCUCUGUGACUGCAUCCCCGGCUUCAAGGGCAGACGCUGUGAACUAGCCUGCAAGAAGCUGCCCCACUCCUGCACUCGGCUGUACUCAGAAACCAAGUCAUUUCCUGUCUGGGAAGGGGGCAUCUGCCAUUACCUAUACAAGAGGGUCUACAAAGUCCACCAGGACAUCUGCUACAAGGAGAGCUGUGAGAGCACUGCUUCAAAGAAGACAGGCAGCAGGGUUCAAAGCACUAAGAGCUUCCAUCUUACCAGAUCUAAGGGCUUUCAAACACCAGGAAGAUCGGAUCUACAAAUAGUGGGGGAGACCUUCCUACAUGGAGUCACUGCCCUUCCCUCUCCUCCAGCCUGUUAGGGACACACUCAGACUGGCACACCAUACAGUCACUUCCCCUCCCAGCAGCAGGCGCACCGGAGCCCUCAUACGGGCUUUCCUUAUUGCGGACGCCCUUCUUCCCAUCACCAGACUCCAUCUAGGGACGAGCAACAUCACAUUAGAAUGGCUGACUGUCUCAUACGGGGGUUAGCCUAUCUUUGUAACCCAGGCCUGUUUAUGCGAGUCCCUGCUCUGCCUUUACAGGGCUGACAUCCAGCCCCCUCUUACCAGCAUAUGCACCAAUCUGUUAAAUUACAAAUCAAGUUUAAUGCAGCACUACACUCCUUAGCUAUGAACUGACACCUGACCUACACAGCCCCGGCAGAGAAGUAAGAUAUUCCCCUGCACAGUCAAGUAAAAAAAAAUCCUAACUAUUUGAACUGAUGAGGGUGAAAAAUAAAGGAAGUAGUAGACACAUUUCCCCUUCUUUUGUACCUUAAAUGUUUGGUUUGUAAGAACACUAUGCUGAGUAGCAGGCAAUAUUGGCUAUUUCCUUCAAGUUAUUAAUGUUUUAACUGAGUUUCAGUGUGUAGCGUAGAAAAAUGUCUACUGCAUCUAACAAUGAUGAACUUUUUUCCUCAAAAAAAAAAAAGGUGAAGGCUUAGAAAUGCGUUUGCUCCCAUACUCAUUUUUAUAGCACAUCAACACACUGGUCUAUGAAAUCAUUCCAGGGCACUGUAGCUGUGUUCAGCAAAGAAAAUGUUUAAAGUCCUUAUCUCCAGCUGAAACAGAUUGAGUAAGUGUCCAAAGCAUUUGUCAGCUGUAAUCCACUUCUCUGCAGCUGUAUAUUUUAAACCAGGCAGUACCAGGAAACUGACACACACACUGAUACAGCUCUGACAUCAACUGGCAUCCAAGCACUAAUUCCCUGUAUUACAGUAGAGCUGACUGCAGUGGUGCUUAGGUAUUGGCAGCAAUACCACCUGGGCAGGCUCAAGGAAAGCAUGUCUGGCUUUUAAGAUUUCCUAGCUUUUGAGAGUUUGUAUGAGUAUGACACUAGUUACACAUAGAUUUGUGUAUUACUAUACACAGUGUAUAUUAUAAAUUAAUACACAUCAGAGAUAUAGUUUAGCAAUGGUACUAGAGUGUUGUUUCAGGAGCAGUAUAUGGGUGCACCUCUAGGAGGCUGUGACUCAUGGCGCAGGAUACAGCAGCCUUUCCCCACCGCCUAGAGCUAAUAGUCAAGGGGGUGUAAAGUGUAAAUACAGUUUCUUUAGUGAAGGAAAGAAUGGUUCUGAGCAGAACACAGCGCAGGCGUUAAGCAGCUCCCCUCGGCAGGCAUCCUCCUUGUUCCGAGUGCCUCGCCAAACACCCCCUCUGAGCAAGAGAACGUCAGGGUGCUGAGGAACCUGGCCAGCCACAACAGCCAACUGGAAAAUCAGGCUCCUUUCCAGGCAGUGGUGGUAAUGCCAUUACCCACAAGGGAUGAGGAAAAACCAGUUCACGGAUCUCUGCUGCAGUGGAAUAUUCCCUUUGCCUCCCAACUCCAUCAGGCCACUGCCAUAGAGAUCAGGCACAAGAACGACUCACUUGAGAGAUGCUGCCGGAAACCAAACUGGGAAGUGGACGGGUUGACAGGUAAUUAGAGUGGUGGGGCGGGCCCUUAGGAAACCUUGAGUCCCAGUUAUCCUGAGCUCAUUUCACAUGGGAAAGCUUAGAAUCCCUAGUCCUUAAACGCCCUUCACGUGGCCAUGGGGGAGGGGUGGCACUGCUUCUGGGACGUGGGAGGAGGUUGUCAGAGAUCUGGAAAGCCCUUGUCAUUACCUGGGGAGAAAAGAGAGUUGGGACCAGAACACCAGGGGUCAAAUCAUCCAACAUUCCAAGUCAGAAUGACAUGCCCCUUUCCCCAGGUGUUCUGUCACCUGAGUCCAAGCUGGCGGCGGACGAGAAGGACGUGCAACCCUUCUGCGAUGCUGCCUGAAAAUAGGGUCACUGAAUGCAUCCGCAGACAAUGUGGUUCAAAAGAAGCCUGCAGCUUGUUAAAAUCUCUAGUUUUCAUGCAAACCUAUCCCUUUAACUGGAAACUAAAACAAUCCUGCAAGCAGACUGUGCAUGUUCCCUUUCAGUCCAGCUAUGGCACCCUUUGAGCUAUAGGACAGGAGAGUAGAUCUCUGGCUGCAAUCCCAGGAGUUGGCGCUCCCACCCGCCUCAUGUUCCCCCAGCAAGACCAGCAUGUUUACACGCACCGUCAGCCUGAGAGCUGCUGCCCGGAACAGAUCCACGGCCCAGGAGCAGCAAGGCGGGUGCAGCAGCUUGCUCCCCUUCUGCCAUACAAGGAGUCUCCACUCUUGGUAUGUGUUGUAACGUAGCUACCUGAGAGCUUGCGCAGCAGCGUCCAGGUCAAACUAUAUGCUACAGAGACUAAGCACAGUAUGUAACGCAGCAGAAAAAGAUUUUAUCUUGUUCAAAAAAGUUAGUUAUUUUGUUUUUUAAAUAAAAAUACAAUUGCUA